GCGCAGCCCGACUCAGCUGCUGGGCCCCUGAGGCAGCUCUUGGCUGCAUUGGCGACAUGGCCGACACCCGCAGAGACGCUGGGCUGAAGCAGGCGCCCACGCCCCGGAACGAGAAGGCCCCCGCGGACUUCGGCUAUGUGGGAAUUGACUCCAUCCUGGAGCAGAUGCGCAGGAAGGCCAUGAAGCAGGGCUUCGAGUUCAACAUCAUGGUGGUCGGGCAGAGUGGCUUGGGGAAGUCCACCUUGAUCAAUACCCUCUUCAAGUCCAAAAUUAGCCGGAAGUCAGUGCAGCCCACCUCGGAGGAACGCAUCCCCAAGACCAUUGAGAUCAAGUCCAUCACGCAUGAUAUUGAAGAGAAGGGCGUCCGCAUGAAGCUGACGGUCAUUGACACACCAGGGUUCGGGGACCACAUCAACAAUGAGAACUGCUGGCAGCCGAUCAUGAAGUUCAUCAACGACCAGUAUGAGAAAUACCUGCAGGAGGAGGUCAACAUCAACCGGAAGAAGCGCAUCCCGGACACGCGCGUCCACUGCUGCCUGUACUUUAUCCCUGCCACCGGCCACUCCCUCAGGCCCCUGGACAUCGAGUUUAUGAAGCGCCUCAGCAAAGUAGUGAACAUUGUUCCUGUCAUCGCCAAGGCCGACACGCUGACCCUGGAGGAGAGGGUCUACUUCAAACAGCGGAUCACCGCGGACCUGCUGUCCAACGGCAUCGACGUGUACCCCCAGAAGGAGUUUGACGAGGACUCGGAGGACCGGCUGGUGAAUGAGAAGUUCCGAGAGAUGAUCCCGUUCGCCGUGGUGGGCAGUGACCACGAGUACCAAGUGAACGGGAAGAGGAUCCUUGGACGGAAAACCAAAUGGGGCACCAUCGAAGUUGAGAACACCACCCACUGUGAGUUUGCCUACCUUCGGGACCUCCUUAUCAGGACGCACAUGCAGAACAUCAAGGACAUCACCAGCAGCAUCCAC